AACCCAUAUAAUGGGGAGGCGGGGGGGGUCUCUAAAGUCUAAUUUACAAAUUUGGAUGUGUGGGUUGUUAGUGCCACUCUCGGGUAGGUUCUAGGGUUUCACGCCCACUACAAGUUUGAGGUAGUUUGAUUGCGGAGGACUUCAAUGGGGACUCUAGUCGAUAACAAGUUCACAUGGGUGAUACCAAACUUCUCCUCUCUGCAAUCUAAGGCCGUUUAUUCUGAUCAAUUCGUUAUGGGUGGCUGCACAUGGCAUCUUCUUGUCCAUCCUGAGGGAUUCAAUAAGUCUUGUCAUUUAUCUCUGUUUUUGGAAGUGGCUGAUAAUAAAUCACUGCCACCUGGAUGGAGAAUACGUGCACGUUAUCUCCUAAGUGUUGUUAAUCAACAUUCUGAGAAAAGCUCCAAACGAAACGAAGCAAGCAAGUGGUUUGAUCAAAAGAUUCCAGGAUGGGGUUUGUCAGAAAUGCUUCCCCUUCCCAAUCUUCAUGCCAAAGAUGGCGGGUUCCUUGUGAACGAUGAACUCAAUAUUGUUGCUGAAGUAGAUGUUCUUGAAGUUAUUGGGAUACUAGAUGUAUCUCUUGAAUUUAAAGAGUCAACACAACUUCUGAAAAAGGUUAAGGUAGAUUAUGAUAGUCUGAAGUCUAAUGACUUACUGCUCAACGAGACUCCACCAGUUAGUGAACUCAUGGACAUCAAUGGUUUCCAACUUCUUCCUUCACAGGUGGAUUUUGUGAAGCGUAUAUUUGAAAAACAUCCGGACAUUGCAAAAGAGUUCCGACCAAAGAACCCACAUCUGAGGAAAGCAUGCAUGACUUUCUUGCUCAGCCUAAUCGAGACAUUGUGCCAACCACCACAGAGGCUAUCCAAUGAAGAUUUGGUGGAAGCAGACAAUGCACUAACAUACGUGAAAGUUUCGGGGUUUAAGGUGGAUUGGUUGGAGAAAAAGCUAAAGGAUGUAAAGGAAAAGAAGGUGGAAGAGCAAAAUGGUGAGAUUCGGAUUCAAGAAUUAGAGGGGGAUUUGAAGGAGUUUAAGCAGAAGUGCUUAGACAUAGAAGCUUUGCUGGAGAAAGAAAAGGCAAAGGUGAUGGCUGCUAGAGUUUCUCUAACAUUGGAUGAUGUUAUCUAAGUAUGACUUUGGCAUGUUCUGGUGUUUGUUUGUUUGAGUCUAUAUAUGUUUCCAAAUUAUAGUCCUCUUAAAACUUAGGAUCUGAGAUAAAUGGUCAAUAUUAGUCUAUUUCAUCGAGCUGACUGAAACCUAUUUAUAGCUAGAGAGACCAGUGUCUUUGUGAUUUUGUAUUUAAUUUGGUUUAUGGUUAAUAUCAGAGAAACUCUUGGAGGGGAA